CUGCAAUCUACAUCGAAAAAACAACGUAUAGUGUUUAAAAAGUAAUAAGUUCUUUAUUUACUUGUGAUUUCUCCAUCAUCUAUAUAUUUGUAAAUAUAAAAUAAUAAUAUGACAAUGAAGAGGGGGUCCAAAAACAAGACAAGGAAGGAGAAAAAAGGCCCGAAGCCUCCCAGGCCAAAAGCACUGAGGAAGACUCAUGAGGAGCUUGCGCGUAUCAUGUUUGGAGAGGAACCCGAAUUUCAAGGCAUGGGCUAUUACGUACAAGACAACACUGCUCUAUUAGAUCUCCCCUAUGUGGGAAUUAAUGAUAUAAAUAGAGAUCCAAGAGACCUCGAAGUCCUGCCUUCUACAAGUCAACCACCUAUUCCACCGAUCCCCUCCCUAUUCCGGGCGCUGCCGAUACAUAAUCAAAGUGGGAAGCUGGUACUGCGAGGAUAUUUAACGAAGAUGAUGCACUAUUUUCCAAAAGGUGGUCAAUGCGCGGAUAUAGAACUAUUGCCACCAGAGUCGUAUACGUUGUCAGCGACGCGCACGGUUCGCGAAGAUGGCUCGACCACUGCGUGCUGA